GGGCUUAGUAUAUCUUGAAGACGAAGUUUCAGACAUAGAUAGCAGAAGAAGUACACUCAAUUUAUGGGAAUUUGUAAACAAAUUUGCACCCACAUCUAUAAGCGUGACACCCAUAAAUGACAUUUAUAAUCUCUCAUGUGUGAAUUAAAAUCCAAGAAGAUCCCUUUCUUUGUGGGCUACAACAAAAUUUUAAUACUCUUCCUAGCUUAGCCCUACCAACGGUUAGUUUACAUUGAGCCCACAAAAUUUCUUCCAUUUUCCCCCACUCUUCACUUCACUGAUAUAUCUGCUCAAAUAGAACAAGUGAACAAACAGAAUCAAGAUUUUUGAAGAUCAGCUCAAGAUAAAAUAUGUCAAACAAAUCACCGAUUUUUCCUAUAUGUGAACCUCAACACUUCAGUGAUUAUGGAUUUGAUCCUCAAAUUGAUUACUUUCAGGUUUUGGAGGAAGCAAAGAGGCACAACAGAGAGACGCUUAAUAUUAAUUCUUCAACACCAAGAUCCUCCAUAGAUGCUCUGCAUUUCAAGCUCCAAAAACCCAUCUCAAAGGAUGAAUAUUUCACCAACAAGAAGAUCAAGAAGAAGCGUUGGUGGAAAAACGCGCUUCAUUUCUUCAAAGGGAAACAUCCUCAUGGUGGUGCAACCGGAACCGCCGCUGGCGCCGGCGGUGGCACGGAAGUUCUUGGUAAUGGUGUGCCGUACUGCACCGGGCGACCCGUUUGCAGGGCAUCAGUCUCGGGUCCGAUCUAUAUUACUGAGAGUAGAAGUGGGUCCUCCACUCCUUACCGGACGACCUGCAGCCGACCAACUUCCGGCCCACUUGCCGGAACGUUGACUCCGGUGGAGAAAGAUGAGGUUCAGAAUCCUUACAUUAGUCUCAGGGAGUUUGAAUUGGAUCAGCACCAGCAGCAGCAUAGGUUUUCGACGUCAUCAGCUAUGCCAAUAUAUUUGGUGACGUAAUAAUUUGUGGGGGAAAAAGAAAAAGGAUUUUCUUCUAAUUAUGUAAUAGUAGCAACAGUAAUGACUUUUAGGUGUGGUACUUUCUUGAUCAAAAUUGUUGGGCUUAUCUUGAGGUCUUCUUUUAUUUGUUAUUGAAAUGGUUAAGUCUUAAGUAUUAACCCAACCAAGAAAAAUUAGCCCCUUUUUAGUUCUUUUUGUCUAUAGAAAAAGGUGCUUUAGAAGCUGGUGUUUGUGGAUUAAGGAAGUGUUCCUCGUUUACAUUUGUCUAUUACAUUGUUUUUUCGUGGACUGAAUUUCUGUUUGAAUAUUGCAAGAUUGCCAUGUUAUAUAACCUUUAAGAUUGCGAUGUUUUU